UGCCAAGUCCACGCAAAAUCAUCUCUCGUCUUUUUUAUAGUAGUGCACACGAAUUCUGGUGAAGUGGAAGUGAAGACAAAAAAAAUGGCAACCAUGACAUCUCUGCAGAGCCUAACACUUGCAAAAUUACGUUCACUUUCUUCCCCGACUUCGACAACUUUCAAGUUUCUUGACCCUUUCCCUUCCUCAUCACCCUCUGCUUCUUCUUUCUCUGCCACGGCAUCUAUCUUUUCUCCAAUUAGACCCACUAAACCAAAACAAAUUUCUAAUUUCGUGACUAAAGCUUCUUCCACCGCUGCCUUCCCUCAAAACAUCGGUGAUGUCCUCGCUGAUGUUAGCAUCUUCACUGCCACUGGUCAGUCCGUCAAGUUUGAGGACCUUUGGGAUCAAAAUGAGGGAGUAGCUGUUGUUGCACUCUUGAGGCAUUUUGGCUGUCCAUGCUGUUGGGAACUUGCUAAAGCACUCAAAGAGUCAAGGGAAAGAUUUGAAUCUGCUGGUGUAAAGCUAAUUGCUGUCGGUAUCGGUGCUCCUAGCAAAGCUCGUAUUCUUGCUGAAAGGCUACCAUUUCCAUUGGAUUGCUUGUAUGCUGAUCCGGACCGCAGGGCAUACGAUGUUCUAGGCUUGUAUUAUGGUUUUGGGCGCACAUUUUUCAACCCAGCAAGUGCUAAAGUGCUCUCCAGAUUCAAAGAAUUGCAAGAAGCUACAAAGAACUACACUAUUGAAGCCACCCCUGAUGACAGAAGUGGUGUCUUGCAACAGGGAGGGAUGUUUCUCUUCAAAGGGAAGCAAUUGUUGUAUGCAUGGAAGGAUGAAGGAACCGGUGACCACGCUCCCAUGGAAGAUAUCUUUGAUGUUUGCUGCAAAGUUCCUGUUGUAUAAAGCCAUCUUUAUUCCAAGGGAAGUGGAUGAAUAUAGAAUUUAAGUUUCUCCUUAAUUGUUUAUGUUGUAAAUCUGGUGUAAAGGGGCAUGAUGUACAAAUAGCACCAAAAUUUCGUAUGAUGCACAUGUAUAAUACUACUGCUAAUGGUAUUAGCUGUAUUUUAGCCAAAGAUUAGGCUUAGCUGCUACAGCCCAAACAUAUUAUAGCCAAUUCAUCACUAAUGUCCAUUA